GAGCCAGGCUUCCGGCUUCCGAAGGAGAGGCGAUGUCGAUCUGUACCGGUUGAGCGCCGAAGUUCGGGCCUUCGGACGGCGCUUCAAAUGGCAGGCCAGCUUAGACCUUCUCCGGAUUUUGGAAGAUGCAACGGUGGAGUCGGACUCCGUGGUGUACUCUUUGGAGCUUGCAGCUUUAGGCUGGGCCCGGCAGUGGGGCCGUUGCAUUCACCUUCUGAAUGAGCUUCCGAAGACCCUUGUGGACACGCCAUGCUGCAAUGCCGCGGCGAGUGCAUGCAGUACGGCUUCUGUUUGGACCACAGCCUUCCAAGUGGUGCAGGACCUUUCCUGGAGGGCCCUCCUCCCGACUACAGUAUCGGUGAACAGCCUUUUUGCCUCCUUCAAGGAUAGCACCAGCUGGAUGCCGGCACUGGGGCUGCUGUCCUACCUCUCGGAGCACCGAUGCGCGGCCGACACAGAGACCAUCGCCGGUGCGGUCGAUUCGUGCAGGGAAGGUCGGAAUUGGGAAGUUGCCCAGCAGCUCCUCGAGGAGGCGGCUGCCCGACUUCUGGAGACGGGUCGCCGUCAUCUCGAGGGAGUGAUGUAUGCAGAGAGCGCCAGCUGGCCUCGGACCAUGUCUCUUCUGUCUCAAGCGAAGCAGCGCAGCUGUGCAGGCGACUCGGUCCUCUACCGUCAAGGGAUCUCCUCUUGCUUGAGUUCUCGAUGUGUGGAAAAGGCGCUGCAGGUUCUCCGCUCCUGCAAGGCAGACGACGUCCAACCGACCACAGCAAUGUGCGGGGCUAUUCUUGCAGCCUGCAGUGCUGAGUCCAAGUGGCCUGCCGCCUUGUCUGUCCUGGAGGGUGAACUUAUUCACGGCACAUUUAUGACUGGAGCCGUUGACGGCAGCAUGUGCUGCUCGGCGAUAACAGCAUGUAGAGCACAAACUCAGUGGGCCUGGACCAUUCGGAUCUUUCGCCAUGCUCUUUCAUCUCCUGGUUUGCUCCCCAUCGGUGUCUCAAUCAGUUCUCUGGGACGUGCAGCACGCUGGGCGCAGGGUCUGGACAUAUUGCGGACGAUCGACUCCUGCCGGAUGCCUUCGGAUGCUUCGAACUGGGACAUUUGCCUCGGCCUCGGAGAUCGGGAUCGCUCUUGGCCGAGAGCUCUCACACUACUCGCCAGCGCCCGAAGCCGGCACUUGGAAGCGAGCACUUGGAGUUACAGCUCCCUUGUGAGCCUAGCUGAGCGGGGCGAAGUAUGGACGAGGGCGGCGGGAUUUCUAGAAGGCAUGCAGCGGAAGGGUGUGCUGCCGCACGUGGCCGGGUGCAGUGCCGUGAUCGCCUCGGUCCAGGAGUUCCGGCACUGGGAAUGGGCAGCACAGGUAUUGGGGUGGAUGAACCAGCAUCAGCUUGAGCCCAACAGCUACUGCUCCAACGCCUUGGCCAGCGUCUGCGAGAAAGCGAAGGUUUGGAGACAGUCCCUGAGAAUUCUCUUUUCGGUGAGCUCACGCGGCCUCUCCCUGGAUGCAUUUUCGCUGACUGCCGGCGUUGCUGCCUGUGAGAAGGCCGGCCGAUGGGAGCAGUGUCUCCGACUCCUGGAAGCCGGGUCCACCGAGGCGCAGGGUGGCUCCUCGGCCUCGUCGGCUAUGUCCUUCACUGCUGCCGCCACGGCGGCCGCACGGGCGUCCGCUUGGGCCGAAGCUUUCUGCCUGGGCGCCGCACUGUGGGAGGUGCGAGCGUUGCAGGCCCCAGCAGCUGAGUCCGUGGCCUGUGAGGAUGGUGUAGGAUUUCAGAAGACUCUUCGGUCUCACGAGAGCCCGCACGAAGUGUUGAGUCCGGAUGUGGUUCAUGCGCUGUCGCAGUCUGAUGGUGCCCCGGCCACGGCGCAGCUGCGGGAGUGGCUCGAGGCAGUUCGAGAUGAGGCAUCGAGCCAGCUAGAGAUGCGGAGCUGGCAAGGCCGUGAGGGAGCUUCUUCUCCACUGGCUGUUGCCCCUCGCAGCCCUCGCGUGGCCUUCCGUGCUGUGCUGGGUGCAGCCGAGCUUCUUUGGGAGGAGCAGGCCGUGACCGCGCAGUUCGAUGCCUCCCUACGGCAGCAGGUUCUGCCGAAUGCAUACAGGGUGCUGGAAGAAUUGUCCUUACGUCCAGCGAGCAGGUCUUCCAUCCAUGAGCUUUCUCGAUCGCCCAUGCUGGCACCCUGGAUGUUCACAGCGUGCACGGAUUGUUGCGGCGGACUCUCAAGCGCUUGGCUGCCAUUGGCACGGGGUCCAGCCCGGAGGCCCUGCGGCGUCCUGACAGACCUGUUCGCCGUUUCUGCCGGGCGGGUAGCCUGCUGGACUGAAGCCUCCCUUAGCAGCGGGGGAGCCACAGCCCACCUGGUGCGUGUCCUGGGCUUCCGACGACGCAUCCCAACUACAGCCGGAUGCGGCCACGGCAAAGACUUGCACCCGAUUUUCGCAGAAGGGGACAGAGCCCCCCAUGCCGAGCGACAAGCUUUGCUUGACGUUCUCGUGCUGGUUGAUGGCCUGCUUUGCAAGAAAAUGCAAGACUUGCAAGAUAGCUUGGACAAGGUCAACAGGUUCGGUUUCGUAAGGGGCCGUCCAUCCGAAGCCAUGGCGACGAAAAUGCAGCUAAAGCUGAUCUACUUGGAUCACCACUACUGGCGUGCGGAGUGCGCGCGCGUGGCCCUCUUCAUGGCCGGAGUUCCAUUCGAGGAUGCCCGCAUGGGGUACGAGGGCAUGUACGCAUCCGGGGCUCUGACCUUCGGAACCUUUCCGGCCCUGGUGGUGCCGGGAAGGGGCGUGCUGAACCAGACGCAAGCCAUUGCACGUUAUGUGGGACAUCUCACUGGGAUGUACCCUAGCGAGCCCUUCCUGGCUGCGAAGUGCGACGAAGCCAUCGACGGCCUCACAGAUGUCUCGGACCUCGUCACCGAUACCAUGCAGGAGCGGGACCCAAAGCGGAAGAUGGCCUGGCGGGCGGCCCUGGUGGCUCCCGAUGGUCGCAUGACCAUGCUGUUGAAUGGCCUUGAAGCGUUGCUGAAGCAGAACGGUGCCAGUCCAGUGCCCUACGUGGCAGGCGGUUCACUAAGUGUGGCCGACCUCGCCAUUUGGAGGGCUGUGGGCUGGAUCUCCAGUGGGGUGAUCGACGGGAUAGCUCCCACGUACAUCCAAACUACCUUCCCGCUUCUAUGGGCACUGCAUUGUGCGGUGGACCAGGAUCCCAAGGUUGCAGAGUGGAAGAUGCGAAAUCCCCAUCACUACAAGCGCUGA